GCCUGCACAUUCCUCUUCCAGCUCCAGCUAUUUCCACCGCACAUUGUCCACGUCUGCCAUUGGCCCAUUGCCGGUUCCUCUCGUCAAGCCCUAGCUCCAACCAACCCGUUUCCAUGGGAGCCAUACGAGUUGCAAGCCUUCUACUCCUCGCUGGGGUAAUCUGGCUGUCGCGGGCGAUGUUCGGCGCGGAGGCCGCCGGCACGACGGUGUUCACGCUGCACAACAACUGCACCCACACGGUCUGGCCGGCCACACUGUCCGGGAACAGCGCGGCGGCCGUCGGGGGCGGGGGCUUCGAGCUGUCGCCCGGCGCCACCGUCUCGUUCCCGGCGCCGGCGGGCUGGUCGGGCCGCCUGUGGGCGCGCACGGGCUGCGUCGCGUCGUCGUCGUCCCCCGCCGGCCGCCUCUCGUGCGCCACGGGCGACUGCAGCGGCGCCGCGAGCUGCUCCCUGGGCGGGGCGCCGCCCGUCACGCUGGCGGAGUUCACCCUGGGCGGCGCCGACGGCAAGGACUUCUACGACGUGAGCCUGGUGGACGGGUACAACGUCGGCAUCGGCGUGGCGGCGGCGGGCGCCAGGGUCAACCGCGCCACGUGCGGGUACGCCGGCUGCGUCGGGGACGUGAACGCGCUGUGCCCGCCCGAGCUGCGGACGGCCGCGGCGGCGGGCGGCGAGGGGGCGCCGGCGGUGGCGUGCCGGAGCGCGUGCGAGGCGUUCGGGUCGCCCGAGUACUGCUGCACGGGGGCGCACGGUGGGCCGAACACCUGCGGGCCCACCAAGUACUCGAGGCUGUUCAAGGCGGCCUGCCCCGCGGCCUACAGCUACGCGUACGACGACCCCACCAGCACCUUCACGUGCGGCACCGGCGCGCAGUACCUCGUCACCUUCUGCCCGGGUCGCCAGUAGUGGGCGGAGUUGUGUCCGUGCCCGUUGAUCGUUCUGUUCAUCUUAUGUCUUAAAAAGAUGCUUUCU